GCUAACUUGUCAUUGUCAUGUGUGUCAGUGAAUUAAACUAACCUAAAAAUAUUGAUAACAAACGUCCCUUUGAUAAAAUAGAUAACGAAUUGAUCGUAAUUAAUUUAAUUCAACCUAAUAACUUCGGAAAAAGCGCUUUUUUUACUUUACCUAAUGUGUUAGAAGCAUGGUGAAAACUAAUAAUGUUAUUCUGCCCGACGUGUGCUAACAUUCUUAUGGUAGAGGAGGCUCCGGAGACUGGCCUCAGGUACGGGUGCAACUCGUGUCCGUAUGUAUACAGCGUCAGGAAGAAGGUUUCGUCACGAACGUUCCCUAAACUCAAGGAGCUGGAUUAUAUCAUGGGCGGCGCCGCUGCCUGGGAGAAUGUAGAUUCAACAGAUGCUGUAUGUCCAAAGUGCAGCCACGGGAAGGCUUACUUCAUGCAACUUCAGACCCGAUCUGCGGAUGAACCUAUGACCACAUUCUACCGCUGUUGUAACCACAAGUGUGCUCACAAUUGGCGUGAUUAGAAAAAAAAACAUAAGAUUUCAUGUGACAUACUUUGAGUAUGAAUUUAAUGAAAAGACUUAACAUA